AUGUCAUCUCAUUCUUCAAUUGGAUUUGUUGGCUUUAGCCCGGAAAAGGCCAAAAUUGCAUCAGCUCUACAAUCACAUCUCCCCGGCACAAUCAGUUUCUAUGACACGUCUUCGGAAAGUUUUGAGCUCAUUGAAGCCGGGCAAGUACAACAAUCAGACUCGGUCUAUCAUGUGGCCCAACAGAGCCAGAUUAUCUGGAUCGAGGAGAAGGACGCAGAAGUUUUGAGUGAGAUGCUUCUGGGAUCGUCCUCUGGUCUUUUACACUCAUUGCCCAAAGAUGCAUCCCUCAUACUCGAAUGCCUCACCCUGCCAGAUUUCUACCAAGACAUAGCCUCUCAUUUCACCGAAGCCGGUCGGCCUGACAUCAAAAUCCUUGACUGCUCUGUCAUCGUACCAACCAGUAGGACCAAGAGCGCCAUCUGGAUCUCAGGUUCAGAAGCCGCAAUUGAGAGCGUAGCCUUCCUGUCAAAAGCUCAUAACAACGUCCAUGUCAUUUCUGGUGGCCUGGGAGCAGCAAAUAAGCUUCGCUUGACAAGCUGUUUACUUGAGGCGACGCAUGCUGUCACGGCUGCUGAGGCCACUGGCCUGGCGUCGAAAGCGGGAAUUGACGCCAAGGAGAUAUACAACAUCAUCACCAACGCCGCGGGAAAUUCUUCGGUAUAUGAGGAGCUUGUCCCUCAUAUGCUGCAGGGAGAUUGGAAUUUGAAGCCGUCGAUUGAGUCGCUGCUGCAUAAAAUUAGCAUUGUCACGUCUUCGUCCAAAAGUCUCAACUUCCCUUUACCACUGUGCUCUGCCAGUGAGCAAGUCUGCCUGCUCGCCUCCGCUCAGGGAUAUGGCCGCAAACAUGUGUCUACCCUAGUCGAGCUGUUCCAAUCGCAGCACCAAAAGGCCAUGCUCAACGAUGCAAUUGGCAAGCUUGGGAGUAAACCUUCCACAGACGUCACACCACCCAAGACUCCGCCAUCAGCAGCAACGAUUGGAGUGGUUGGCUUGGGCGCAAUGGGCCAGGGGAUGGCACAGUCCCUCGUACGCGCCGGUUUCUCCGUACAAGGCUAUGACGUCUGGGCUCCCUCAGUCGAGAAGUUCGCAGCCAGUAGUCCAAGUGGGUUGUCCAUCGCGGCGUCUUCACCAGCUGAUGCCGCCAAAGGUACCGCUGCGCUUAUCCUCAUGGUUCAGAACGCUGUGCAAGCAUGGGAUGUGCUGUUUGGCGCAGGCAAGGCUGUAGAGGAGUUGUCCGAUGGAGCGACUGUGAUACUCAGCUCAACUGUUCCGCCGUCUGAGGCUCGCCGUAUUGGUGACAAGUUGGAGUCGCUGGGUAGGGGUCUUAGCCUCGUGGAUGCACCUGUCAGUGGAGGUGUUGCUCGUGCAGCAAAGGGUGAUCUCACGAUGAUCUGCUCGGGAACAGCUUCAGCACUGGCAUCCGUUCGCGGCAUAAUUCUCGCCAUGGCAGGCAAAGACUCCAACAUCUACAACGUCAAAGGCGGAGUCGGCGCAGCAUCCUCAGCAAAGCUCAUCAACCAACUUCUAGCAGGAGUCCACAUUGCAACAGCAGCAGAAGCACUAUCAUUCGCGUCCCGUCUCGGCCUCGAUACGCGGCAAGUAUACGAUAUCUUCAACGAGUCCACUGCAUGGAGCUGGAUGUUUCAGAACCGGGCUACGCAGAUGCUUGAUGCCGAUUGGACUCCCCACUCUGCUUUGGCAAUCUUUGUCAAGGAUCUUGGUAUCGUUUUGAAUGAAGCUAAGAGGCUGGCUAGUUAUACUCCCAUGUCUGCUGUGGCUCAUACCCUCUACAUCGAUGGAGCUGCUCGUGGGUGGGCUAGAGAGUCGGAUGCGGGCGUGGUAAGACUCUGGGAGGCUGUUGGAUCAGAUGUGAGCAAGAAUGCAUCUACCAAGGUAUCAUCUCCCACUACACACGAAGAGUCUGUCAAGCCAUUGCCAGCAAACGCUACAUUAGCUGCCCUGCCGGCCGAGUACACCACCGAUCUGAUCGAGUCGACGAAAGCUCGCGUUGACAGCGGUGCCAUGCCUGUUCUAAUCGCUCUCGACGAUGACCCCACAGGAACUCAAACCUGCAACACCAUCGAUGUCUUAGCCGUCUGGGAUAUUGACACCCUAAAAGAGCAAUUCGCAACAGAUUGCCGCGGUUUCUUCAUCCUAACCAACAGUAGAUCCCUUCCACCAAUUGAAGCAAAGGAACUCAUCAUUGAGAUCACAACAAACGUGAAAAAGGCCGCUGAAGAAAGUGGCAAGGCCUUCGAGAUAGUCUUGCGCGGCGAUUCAACACUUCGAGGUCAUUUACCCGAGGAACCUGAAGCAGUCGAGCAGGUCCUCGGUAAGUCCGAUGGUUGGGUCUUUGCACCUUUCUUCCGUCAGGGCGGCAGGUUCACUAUUGACGAUGUUCAUUACGUGCAAGAAGAUGACCAGCUCAUCCCCGCUGCGCAGACUUCAUUCGCAAAGGAUGCAACGUUUGGUUAUAGGAACUCCAAUCUUCGGGAGUAUAUCCUCGAGAAAUGCGGCUCGCGAUUCACAACGUCAUCUUUCACGUCCAUCACCUUGGAGGAUCUGCGCUGCGGCGGUCCAGCCAAGGUUGAAGAGAAGCUUCUGAGCGGAGAACGCGGUGCCGAUCGUGUCAUUAUUGUCAACGCUGUUGCGGAUUCAGAUAUGAAUGUAUUCGUUGCUGGCCUCUUGGCCGCUGAGGAAAAAGGGUACCGGUUCAUCUACCGCACUGCAGCUGCCUUUGUCUCAUCGAGACUCGGCAUCAAAGAAAUUCCACCCAAGACUUGGGCUGAAGUCUUGCUAAAGGCUGAUGUUGAUACUCCAAGGACUGGUGGUCUCAUCUUGGCUGGCUCAUAUGUACCCAAAACGACAGCGCAGCUCAAGACGUUGCGUGAGCGCAGGGGUGCUGAUCUUGAAGUAAUCGAGCUAGAUGUGUCCCAGCUAAUCAAGUCUUCUGAAGAAGAGCAGAAGAUAGUAGAUCAUGCUAUAUCCGAGACUACCAGGCUUAUUAGCGCGGGAAGAGAUGUCUUGGUCAUGACUUCACGGACGUUGAUCAAGACCGACGAAGCAAUCUCUUCGCUAAAGAUUGGAUCCAAAGUGGCUGCUGCACUUGUCCGCCUUCUCGUCAACAUCCAGGUGCGGCCACGAUAUAUUAUUGCCAAGGGAGGAAUAACCUCCUCGGACGCAGCCACCAAGGGUCUCAAGAUGAGGAGAGCUCUCAUCAUGGGCCAGGCUGCUCCUGGUGUGCCUCUCUGGAGAUGUGAUGAGGAGACAAGUCAGCAUCGGUCUGUGCCGUUCGUUGUCUUCCCUGGUAAUGUUGGUAGCGAAACAACUCUGGCUGAGAUUGUUGAACAGUGGGCACUUUAA